AUGGCUGAAGAAGUGAACACCACCUCGUGCAGAUUCUACGAGAACAAAUACCCCGAAGUUGAUGACUUCGUCGUCGUCAAUGUUAGAGAGAUUGCUGAUAUGGGCGCUUAUGUCAAACUGCUAGAAUAUGACAACAUCGAAGGCAUGAUCUUGCUUUCUGAACUUUCUAGAAGAAGAAUUAGAAGUAUCCAAAAACACGUCAAGGUUGGCCGCAAUGAGGUCGUCGUUGUUCUCAGAGUCGAUACGGAUAAGGGUUACAUUGAUCUGUCGAAACGAAGAGUCUCUCCUGAAGACGCCGCAAAGGCCGAAGAAAAGUACAACAAAUCCAAAGCAGUUCACUCAAUUCUUCGCCAUGUUGCUGAGAAGCACAAGUACCCCUUAGAAAAGCUCUACGAAAAGAUUGGCUGGCCAUUGAGCAGAAAAUACGGCCAUGCUUACGAGGCUUUCAAGAUUGCCAUCACCAACCCUGAGCAAGUUUUUGAGGGCAUCGAAGCUCCAUCAAAAGAAAUCAUGGACGACCUCCUGCUUCAAAUCUCCAGAAAGCUCACUCCCAACCCAGUAAAGGUUCGUGCUGACAUUGAGGUCACCUGCUUCAGCUACGAAGGUGUCGAUGCCGUCAAGGCUGCUCUUUCCGCCGGUGAAGCGCUUAAUACCGAAGAUAUCCCUGUCAAAGUCAAGCUUGUCGCCGCCCCCCUCUUUGUCCUCACCUCGGUUUCUUUGGAUAAGCAAAAAGCUAUUGAUAGACUUACUGAGGCUAUUGAAGUAAUCAAGACCAAGAUUGAGGCUGCUGGUGGUAACCUUAACGUCAAGAUGGCUCCCAAGACAGUUUCUGAGACUGAUGAUGCUGAACUUGCCAAGCUUAUGGAGAAGUCUGAGGCUGAAACCCGACAAGUUGCUGGUGACGAUGAUGAGGAUUCUGAUGAAGAGGAGGAUUAA